UGUGUACAAAUUACUCAUCUCAUUCAGUUUUUGUUCAUCAAUUAGGCUAGAAGCUAUUGAACCAAAUAAACAUGUCGGCAUCGAAUUUCUUGACAGUCUUAGUUCUGAUUUCCGUAUUUAUUGGAUCGUUUGGAUAUUUAUACAUUAUUCCUGGGGAGUUGGGAAAGAGCAAAGACCAUGAUGGACAUUGUUACUUUGAACAGAAGAAACUUUUGCUUAAAAUUGAUGAAUCUGUUAAGAGAGAUUGUGAGGAAAUAUCUUGUUAUAAUGAUUAUAGCAUAAGAAUUGCUGGUUGUGGAACAUUCUCAAUUCAUGAUCCAAGUUGCAAGAGAUUUGAAAGAGACUACACAAAACCUUAUCCAGAAUGCUGUACAUCAUUUUACUGUGCUGAGCCAGCCGAUUUACAUGACGCAAAGCAACAAUCUAAAGUCGACAAAAACAUAUUGUAGUGCCUUGAAAAUUAUGAUGAUUAGAGCUCAAAAUUUAUUAAUUAAUGGCAUUUGACGAAAAGAGAUUCAAUAAAAUUUUGCGACAUUUAAGAAGUCUCACAUUAUGA